UGUGAAUCUGAGUGCUUCUUUUACUUUUUCAGAUUCCAAAUGAGAGUAUACAUUUUCCUGUGUUUGAUGUGCUGGGUAAGAUCUGAGAAUAAAAGACCAUGCAUUGAAUUCUCUCAUCUAAGUGUAAAGGAUUCCUUAAAAGAUUUGUUUAUUCCCAGAUUAAAGAUAGUUCUGAUGAUGUAUACAAGAAACAACCUGAACUGUGCUGAGCCACUUUUAGGGCUCAAUAACUCACUCAAUGUUAAUUUCAACACACAAAAGAAAACAGUCUGGCUGAUUCAUGGAUACAGACCAAUGGGCUCCACUCCAUCAUGGCUUUCAAAUUUUGUAAGGAGUUUAUUGCAUAAAGAAGAUAUUAAUGUAAUUGUAGUAGACUGGAACCAUGGUGCUACAACUUUUAUUUACAACAGAGCAGUUAAAAACACCAGAAAAGUUGCUGAGGCUUUGACUGAGUACAUUCAAUAUCUUUUGACACAUGGAGCAUCUCUUGACAAUUUUCACUUCAUAGGCAUGAGCUUGGGAGCUCAUAUUAGUGGUUUUGUUGGAAAGAUAUUUCAUGGUGGACUUGGAAGAAUAACAGGUCUUGAUCCUGCUGGGCCAAAAUUUACUGGAAAGCCAUCAAAUAGUAGAUUAGAUUACACUGAUGCAAAAUUUGUAGAUGUCAUCCAUUCUGAUGCCAAAGGUUUAGGUAUCCAAGAGCCAUUGGGACAUAUAGAUUUUUAUCCAAAUGGAGGAAAAAAACAACCUGGAUGUCCUAAGUCAAUUUUUUCAGGAUUGGAAUACAUUAAGUGUGACCACCAGCGAGCAAUUCACUUGUUCAUGGCAACUUUGGAAACAAACUGCAUUUUUGUUUCAUUUCCUUGUUCUUCAUACAGAGAUUACAAGGCUAGUUUAUGUGUGGACUGUGGCAGCUUUAAGAAAAACUCAUGUCCUAGGCUAGGUUAUGAAGCUGAGCUAUGGAAAAUUGGCAUGAAAGGAAGAGUGGAAGGAUGGCCUCAUAGGACCAUUGUGUAUUUGGAUACUAGUAGUGCAAGUCCAUUUUGUACUUAUUAUUUUGUUCUCAGUGUAGUUGCUGUGGGUGAAGCUAUGAGUGAUGGCUAUAUUUCAUUUAGAUUAUUAAACCAACUUGGAACCAUUGAAAAUCCAAGGCUCUAUGAGAAGAGCAAACCAUUUUAUAGACUUCAAGAAGUCAAUAUUCUUGCUCAAUUUUUCACUGAUGUUGUAAAUAUUUCAAGCAUUGGUUUGACGUAUUUCCAGACCUCAAAUAUACAAUGUUCCACAUGCAACUACAGGAUCCAGAGUCUCAUGUUAAAAUCACUCACGUACCCAGAAAGAGGACUCCUUGUCCUCAUGGUAGUGAUGAACAUGUUCACCAAAGAAUUCAURUCUCCAUCAAUAACACCCUUGUGA